AUGUUUGGCAAAAGCCAGGAGCCAGAUGUCGCCGAGGUCCUCGAGCAGCACCGGCCCAGCGCGGUCGAGGCGACUCAGCACCAGCACCGCAAGAACGUCUCCAACAAGGGCUUGACAGGCGCGUCGGCCUUGACCGUCAAGCAGUCCAUCCUACCCAUCACAUUGGUCACUGUUCUCUUCUUCCUCUGGGGUUUCGCUUAUGGACUCCUCGACGUUCUCAACUCCAAGUUCCAAAUCGCCCUCAACAUCACCGCCGCCAAGGCCGGAGGUCUCCAGGGCGCCUACUUUGGCGCCUACUUCAUUGGACCCCUGACCUAUUCGGGCUGGAUCGUCCGCAAGUUCGGCUACCGCUGGACCUUCAUCACCGGCCUCUGCAUCUACGGCGUCGGCGCCCUCAUGUUCUGGCCCUCCGCCGUCUACCGCUCAUUCCCCGGCUUCUGCGGCUCCCUCUUCAUCGUCGGCUCCGGCCUCUCCACCCUUGAGACCAGUGCGAACCCCUACAUCGCCACCUGCGGCCCGCCCCGUCUCUCCGAGUUUCGCCUCGAACUCUCUCAGUCCUUCCAGGCCGUCGGCUCCGUCAUCGCCCCGCUCCUCGCCGCUCGCGUCUUCUUCUCCCAUACCGAGCCCAAUGAUUUGUCCAAGGUGCAGUGGACCUACCUCGGCAUCGCCGCCUUCGUCUUCCUGCUCGCCGUCGUCUUCUUCAUCGUCCCCUUACCCGAGAUCACUGACAGCGACAUGGCUCUCCAGGCCGAGAUGGUCGCCGGCGAAGAGGGCCACGACGACAAGCCCCUCCGCAAGCAGUACCGCCUCUUCUUCGGUGUCGCCGCCCAGUUCUGCUACGUCGGCGCCCAGGUCGCCGUCGCUUCCCAGUUCAUCUCCUACGCCGUCGAGUCCGCCGGCCUGACCCACUCCGAGGCCAGCGACCGGUACGCCAUCGGCCAGGGCCUCUUCGCCAUUGGUCGUUUCGCCGCCGCCGGUCUGAUGAUGCUCAUCAAGCCCCGCCUCGUCCUCAUGGUCUUCAUGACAGGCAUCAUGCUCUUCAUCGCCCUCGCCAUCGCUAUUAAGGGUGAGGCCGGCAUCGCCAUGCUGUCGCUUGUGCUCUUCUUCGAGUCUUGCAUCUUCCCCACCAUCUUCACGACCGCCAUCCGUGGUCUCGGCAGACACACCAAGCGCGGUAGCUCCUGGAUCGUCGCGUCCGUUUGUAGACCGGCGGGGUCAGGCCGCCGAGCGGGCGGUCCGCGCGCCCCCAGUCUGACCGGCCUCGUCGCCGACUCUAAGGCAUACCACAGCGCCAUAGUUGUGCCCCGCGCCGGCUUCGUCGCCUCCCUCGCCUACCCCACCUUCCUGAACACCAUCUGGAAGAAGGACCUGGAUAGCUUCAGCGAGAGCAAGAUCGGAAACACCGACGAGCAUGGCAUCAU